AUGCCGGUAACUUCAAGCAAUACCGUUCAUUCUCGCAAGAGAGAUGCAGGAAUUCUUGCCAAUUUCUCUCGUCAAUUCUCCAAGGGCGGUCAGCAGGCAAUAAUUCGUCCUGCAUGUCGAGUGACGCCAAUAUCCGCCGAGGAUGUUUCUGCCACAGUAAAAGUGCUUAAAUCUCAAGAUUGCCAGUUCGCCGUCAAGAGCGGUGGUCAUGCAUGUUUUGCAGGUGCAUCAAACAUUGAGAAUGCUGUCGUGAUAGAUUUGAGCAAUUUAGACCAAAUCAAAAUCUCAAGCAAUAAAACAGAAGUGUCCGUCGGGGCAGGAACACAAUGGUCCAAUCUCUAUCCAGUCAUGGAUAAGGCAAGGAUUGGAGUUAUAGGUGGUAGAGUUGUCGGAAUUGGAGUUGGGGGCUUGACAUUAGGGGGUGGAAUAUCUUUCCACUCGGGAAGGUAUGGGUUCGCCUGUGAUAAUGUUAACAACUAUCAAGUCGUUCUUGCCAAUGGUUCCAUUAGGAAUACGAAUCAAAAAUCGUACCCAGAUCUGUACUGGGCACUCAGAGGAGGCGGUAAUAACUUCGGCAUCGUAACGAGAUUCGACCUGGCUUCGUUCGAACAGAGAGAUAUGUGGGGCGGAACAACGAUAUCGAGCGCGACUGAACUUCCUAAUUACAUUGAGGCAUUAGCCUACCUCAAUAUCAAUCAUGCUUCGGAUCCAUUUGCCGCAGUCUUUCUGGCAUAUGCUUAUCUACCUGCGGCCGGUAUAACACUUGUCAGUGCUACAUUAGAUUAUGGAAAACCAGUUGCAAAUCCUCCUAUUUUCGGCAACUUUACAAGCUUGCCUACCAUAUCUUCUACCUUUCAAAUCACGAAUCUUACAACUUUGAUCAAUGGAACGGAAGAGGCGCAACCAUCAGGGCUGAGAGAAUCGUAUUGGACUCUUACCAUACUCAAUGACGCCGAUUUGAUGAAGGAUCUUUGCAAGAUAUUUGAUCAAGAAUUACAGAGCAUCACCAAUGCGACGAAUGUACUCCCCGCCAUCAUUUUCCAACCCAUUUCAGAGCCCAUGAUUUCGCACUCCAGUAAGAAUGGUGGGAAUGCUCUUGGUAUAACGGCAGAAGACGGUCCAUUGAUCCUCGUCAACAUCGCGAUCCAAUGGACCAACAUCGCCGACGAUUCUCGGAUAAGGGUCUUUGCCGAGAACUGCGUAGCACGAUCUACUACUUUGGCAAAAGAGCUAUCAAGAGAAGCACUUGGAUUGACCAACUAUUUAUUCGCCAACACUUCCGCUGGUUUUUCAUUGCAUUACAACGUAUUCGGUUCCGAGAUUGUCUAUCUAGAAAGACGGUCUAAUUUUAUUCAGUACAUUCUCCGCUCCGUAGAAGAAUGCGGUAUCGGGAAGAUGUUGACUCCAUUCUCGGGCCAAGGAUGCUUAUCAGAUGUACAUCCUUGUCACUCGAAGGAUUUCGAACCAUCUGAUAAAAAUUCUGAUGUGCCAAGCAAACAAUGCGGACUUCUUUUCCACAACUUCCCAAUUUCUUCAACGGAGAACAUGGCUUCCCUCAAAUUUCGAGGCAACACUUCGGUCAUGUCAAGUAAUCACGUACCGGUAGUUGAGAAUGUGUAUUCUACACCCAACACGCCGACGAUAGAUCUCGGUAUCAAGGAGAAAGAUGGAAUUACCGUAUCAGCAGUUUCAGCGAGCGAUAAUGAGGAACAAUCGGACAUCGCCAAUAAUGAACGUCUCACAGGGAACAAUAUACCGAUGAAAUGGAAACUGGCUUCAAUUCUCCUGGUGUCAAUGAUUGGUUUUGGAUCUCACUGGAGUUCAGGUAUCACGGGUGCCAUGAAGUCCACAAUCAAGAAGGAGAUGAAUAUCAAUAAUAAGCAAUAUGCGCUCUUGAGUGCUAGUCAGGAUUUCAUGGUUACGGCUUUGAUGUUAGUGAGUGGUGUUGUGACGGACAGGAUAGGGGGAGCAGGUGCAAUCUUUUAUGGCAACAUCAUCUUCACAAUUGGGUCAAUUCUCAUCGCCGGUGCUGCCCAAACUAGGAACUAUCAGUUUAUGAUUGGUGGUACAGUUGUCCAGGCUUUCGGAGAUAUUGCGACUCAAGUUGCACAAUACAAAGUUUUCUCGUCAUGGUUUGCACCCAAUCAUGGUUUUGCUUCGACGCUUGCGUUCGAAUUAGGAAUUGGUAAAAUUGGUGCAUUUGUUGGGAAAGCCUCCGCAAACAUUAUCUCCAAAAACACAGGAAAUUUUGCCAAUGUCUAUUGGGUCUCGGUGGCCAUGAACCUCUUUUGUAAUUUGAUGACUCUUGGCUUUUACAUCUUUACUCGUUACACCAAUAAGAAGUUUCCUUCUACGGCCGAUCCAGCGACUGGAGAGAAGCUUACAGAAGGUAACAAAAAGUUUGAAUUUCGCAAAGUUCUUGAAUUGCCUUGGACUUUCUGGGUUGUUUUGGCGUUUUCCUUGUUUGAGACUUCGACUGCUGGUCUGUUUACAAGCAAUGCUACAGAGAUGGUCGAGCAGAGAUUGAAUGUAUCAUCUGUGAAAGCUGGGUGGUACACAUCAGCUAUUCAAUAUGGUGGUUUCUUCUUCGUUCCUCUAAUUGGAAUAUUCGUCGAUAUUUGGGGAAAUAGAAUCACUCUCUUUGCCGUCACUGGCUUUGCAGUCUUAACCGCAAUGAGCAUUGUGAACUGGGCCCCUUCAAGCCAGGGUACCGAUGCAGCAUUUGGAAUAUACGCCUUUGCAUACUGUUUCGGUCCAACAUUGAUCAUUGAUAGCAUCAGAACUUCAAUGUGGCAUCAAUCCGUCUUCGGCUCCGCAUACGCCCUCAAAAUAACCAUGAACAACGCCAUGAGUAUCAUCGUCGGCAUAGUCGCCGGAGUAAUCCAAGACGCCGACAAUAAUUCCUACGGCAAAGUCACAAUCCUCUACGUUGCCCUCUCGGCCGCAUCAGCAGUAGUCGCCCUCAUCAUGAUAGCACUCUCGUAUUAUUGCAUUGAUUUUCGCAUUUUGCAAUGGACGCGCAAACAGCGAAUUGCAAAUGGCCAGUUGAUUAUUGAUCGUAAGGAAAAAUUUCAUAAUGAAAAUGGGAGGAGGAAUAGGUUGGUUUCGAAGUUGUGUUGUGGAGCGCUGUGCGUGUUGGUGCUGGGUUCGUGGUGUGCGUACUUUUGGGGUGUGGCUACGGGGAAUAAUAAUGGUUAA